AUCUACUCAGAACUCUACCUUUGACAUCAUGGUCAACUCCUGUUGUGGUUCUGUCUGCUCUGAGCAGGGCUGUGAUCAAAGUCCCUGCCAGGAGAGCUGUUGCCAGCCAAGCUGCUGCCAGACUACCUGCUGCAGGACCACCUGCUGCCGCCCCAGCUGCUGUGUGUCCAGCUGCUGCAGGCCCAGCUGUCAGACCACCUGCUGCCGCCCAGUCUGUUGCCAGACCACUUGCCGCCCCAGCUGUGGAGUAUCCAGCUGCUGCCGCCCAGUGUGCUGUCAGACCACCUGCCGCCCUAGCUGUGGAGUGUCCAGCUGCUGCCGCCCAGUCUGCUGCCAGACCACCUGCUGUCAGUCCAGCUGCUGCCGCCCAGUGUGCUGUCAGACUACCUGCCGCCCUAGCUGUGGAGUGUCCAGCUGCUGCCGCCCAGUCUGUUGCCAGACCACCUGUCGCCCUAGCUGUGGUGUGUCCAGCUGCUGCCGUCCAGUCUGUUGCCAGACUACCUGCCGCCCCAGUUGCGGAGUGUCCAGCUGUUGCCGUCCAGUCUGCUGCCAGACCACUUGCUGCCGUACAACUUCCUGUGGCCCCUCUUGCUGAAUUUCCUUUCAAACUACCAACCCUGAGGCAGCCAUAAUCACAAUGAUCUAACCUCAUCCAUGUUAACUUUUCCAUGUAUUAAAUGGCUUCUAUUUGUGUUGUUAUGACACCAAUAAGAAACUGGCAGAAAAGAGUGCUACAAUGAAUGCCGCUCAUAUUUCCCAAGGAUCUCCCCUCUACAUGCUGUCUCAGCUAGGUGCAGCUAAUCACAUCCCUCAAGUCUCCACUGUCAUCCUUCC